GCCUGUUUCGGGAUUGGCCGGACAUUUUCGCCUCUUUGUUUUACUGAUUGUGGAUUUAACUCGGAUUCAACCCAAUAUCCAGCGGACUGUACUGUUCCUAAGCAGCCACAUGAGAGGACGUCCAUGAUGCAGAGCUAACACAGCCGCCUGCCCACAGGAAGAGACGUGGCUGCCUAACCAUCCUCAGUCAACACAUGGCGGCGUUGGGGAACCCCGAUAUGUUAACCCGGAAGAUCAAGUUGUGGGACAUAAACGCCCACAUCACUUGUCGCCUGUGUGAGGGAUACCUCAUAGAUGCAACUACUGUUACAGAGUGCUUACACACCUUCUGCAGAAGCUGUCUAGUGAAGUACCUGGAGGAGAACAACACCUGUCCCACGUGUCGUAUUGUCAUUCACCAGAGCCAUCCGUUGCAGUACAUUGGCCAUGACCGAACAAUGCAAGACAUUGUCUACAAAUUGGUGCCCGGAUUACAAGAGGCUGAGAUAAAAAAGCAGAGGGACUUCUAUCAGAAGCUGGGAAUGGAGGUGCCCGGGGACAUCAAAGGAGAGCUGUUCAGCAUGAAGCCCCACCUAGAUCCUCAGCGUAACGGCGAGGUGAAAACAGAGGACACCGUCAACAAGGAAACGGCGGAAGAGAAACCAGAGGAGGAUAACGAUUAUCACCGCAGCGAUGAGCAGGUCAGCAUCUGUUUGGAGUGCAACAGCAGCAAGCUCCGCGGCCUGAAGCGCAAGUGGAUCCGCUGCUCGGCGCAGGCCACAGUCCUUCACCUCAAGAAAUUCAUCGCCAAAAAGCUUAACCUGACAUCGUUUAAUGAGCUGGACAUUUUAUGCAAUGAAGAAAUCUUGGGAAAGGACCACACUUUGAAAUUUGUUGUCGUGACAAGAUGGAGAUUUAAGAAAUCCCCACUCCUGCUGCAUUACAGACCCAAAAUGGAUUUGCUGUAGUGGGACGGAGCGGGUUGUUUUGGCCCGGUGACCCAGGACUGUGCAACAACGUGCUAUUUAUGCAGAGACGAUCAACUCCCAACACCAAGCAAACACACCAGAGCAGAAGUCCACACCAGCCAGCAUCCAAGCAAACUCCAGCACAGACAUUGUACCGGCGACGGGCUUGGAUCAAAAACAACCUUCUUUUUUUUUUUGUCCGCUAUACGUCCUAGAUAUGUGAAACAUUUGAGAGAAAGCAUAUAUUUAUACUUUUGUACAGACGAGACACGGAACCAAGACACUGCUGGUGCUUUGUUUACAUACGGAGAAGAUGUCGGGGGAACUGUGCGGCCAUCUUUUUUGUUUUCUACAGACUUUACUCCUCUGACCCUCGCUGACUGAUAGAAAGAGGCGGAUGAGGAUUUUUAACAGCUCAUUUUCUUUUUCAGGUUACACUCAGACAAGUCUUGGGAGCACAGAAAAUAUAUAAAGUUAUAUAAUAAGACAUCGUUUCUAAGCUGUUUAUUGAGUUGUAUUGUUCUCGGUUUAAUUGUUUUUUUUUUGCAUUUAAUUUGCUUCUGCAAAAGAAUUGUGUAGUAAUUUAUGUUCUAUAUACCAAUAUUGUACAUAAAAUGUCAUUAUGACAGAGAUUGAAUGGUGUAAGAGAGACUUUAUACUGUUAGGAAAGGGUCCCAGAAGUGAUAUAUUGUUGGGCUACUUGUAUGUAGUGUUCAGAGAUGAAUUAAGUUUUUAAUGCAAAGCAGACUCCCUAUCAGUAUAUAUAGAAGGGCAUCUUUAAUUUUUUUGAGAAAGAAACAAAACAAAUAUAUAAAAUCUUUUGCAGUGUAAAAAGAAAGAGGUCUGAAAUGAUGUUGCAUUGUCAGAUGCGCAAUAUAUGAAUUUAAGACAGUCUAUAAAAGCAGCCUGGUUCUUCACUAUCCCGGAGAAAUCUCCAUCUUAGUUGCAUUGCAAUUACAACCUUAAACGAUCUACCAUCGGUGUUUAUGCCACUCAGUCUUUAAUAUCCGUCCUUGUUUUUAUUUCACCCCUCCACAACCUGAGAACGCUCCGGCCCCAGCGGCUGACAGCGCUAACGUCCCAGUCCUUAGUUGAAUGUACCUCGCCGGGCUUUCUUUAUGUUACCUUGCAGCGCCAGCUCGUCUAAUAUAAUUGGUUUAGUGCCAACGGCUUUUGAAUUCACCUUGUAUUUGCGUGGUGAACUGUAAUGGAAGUCGGUUAGAUGAAGAUCUUUCUCACCGCGGUUUGUGACCUGAGGAAAAAAAUCUGUUCGUAACUGAUAUUAAAAUAUAGAUACUUAUUUUUUUUGAUGUUAUUGAUAUGAUAACAUCAUUAUAUAGAAUAAGCACACACAGAUAUUAAAGUGUUAUGCUUUUGAGCGUAUGAAAUUAAUUAGUUUUUUGGCAGAACAAACAUUUUCUGUGGCGGGGCUUAUUUUGGUGCUGAUUUUAGUCUUAACAGUUUGGGAUGAAUACAUUUUUUUUAGUUAACGACUUUCCUCGUUACGAAAGCCAAGACGCAGACAAACAAAGUCUUAAUCCUUCGCAAUGGCCGCCGUUUACUGAAGUGAAAUUCACUGAAGUAUCCUUUUUUUGGACUGGUCCCUAAAAUAACAUUUCAGACCUCACAAAGCCUGACCUCCGUGCGCUGUCAAUAUUACAGUCAGUAAUUAUUGUUAUCCCUCUUUGAAUUUAUGCAAAGGGAAAGCUGUCAGUCUCAUACAGUCCAUAUAAAGUCUUCUAUACUAGUCUCUCCCAAAUCAGCAUAACCAAAACAACAUUUGAUUUGGUUAACAUUCUCCCCACUGCUAAAGCUAUGAAUGCUAUAAAUUUAGAAACAACAGUAUGUGGUUCUAUCCAUUCUUAGCCAUACAGACACAGGUCACCUUGGUAUUUGUUACGAUAUCUCACAAUGUGAAGUGUUUUUUUUUUAAAUGCAUCUGUCAUGACAACAGUGGCGUUAUGUCUGACCCUAACCCUGUUGGUUUCACCACUGCCUUCUGUCCUUACCCUCUGCUCGCUCUAUCCAAGAGCCCAAUCAUGUGCCACGUUUUUCUUUUUUUGUUGUUGUCAUCACUGUGCCCCAUGUCGCCGAUCUGAACAGCAUUUCAGUUUUGAAUUACAGGCCCCAUGCUUGUAUAUUAGCUUGUUUGAAUAGCAUAUUAGUCAAUGUGGCCUGUAAUUGUACACGUGUGCAAAAAAAAAAAAAAA